AUGGCGGACGUAGAUGUGUCGGCGGUGGUCACAUGCGUGGCGACCAUCGUCUCUGCGUAUAACGAUGCUCUCAAAUUGCUCGAUCGCAUCAGAACCGAAGGCGCGCCUAAAACCCGCCCAGGCAGCACGAAAGCCCUCGACGAUUUGAAGAGCUCACUGACCCUCGGCCCAGUGGUUAUUCGAGCACAGUACGACAAUGACUUUCGACGUUUCGGCGAGACAUAUGCCCAAGGCGACCAUAUCGCGUGCGAACAACUGAAAGAUAUUAUCAUCAACCUGCAAAUGACGCUCAUAACUAGCUUGCGCAUGUACCUCGCGAAUGACAGAAUCGCCAUUGAUAUGGAUGAGCUCCAGACAGCCUCGGAUAAUAGCCGGGUGGAUUCGAGUAUGGCGCUCUGUCAGUUGUAUCAGCGACUCGCGACAGCAACAAGAUCACCGCCACUGCUGACGAAGUCUCCACCGUUGAAAUCACUGCCUCUGGUGCCGAGGGAUAGGAAAUUGUCCAAGACAAGUAACAAAACUCCGCCGCCACUGAGUCAAGGUAGCAGAAGCAGAAGUGGGAGCAAUAGUAAUAGGCAUGCGAGUAUAAACAUAAGUGACAACGGUGGAUGGACUUUGUUUCCGGCCACAAAAAUGUCUCCAGCAGAAACCCCGGCCGCUGAUUCAUCACGGUUAUCCACAUGCAGCUCGAAUUCGUCAGAUACAAUACCGUCGGCGAUGAGUCCAGUCAUUCGUCAGUUACCGUCGUCGUCGCCGCCGCCGAUGUUCUCGUUCUCGCCACCAGUUAGCCCUGCAACAUACGAACCGCCGGCACGAGCGUCAAAAGACUCGGGCAUAUCAGGCUUUCGUCAACAACACCAAAUUUCCGAGCCUCGUAUGAAGAAACGGAUUCCAACCAAUGCUGGUAAUGAUAGUAAUAGCAAGACGAGCCCGGUUUCUCCAGGGAAAGAUAGCCUGGAUCAUAUCCACCCUGCGCUACGUGGAGAUCGGGAGAUCAGAAUGCGUGAAUUACGACUUCAACUACCGGAAAUGCCUCCUCCACCAACUAAGGCACUGCCCAUUCCCCAGCAAAAUAAAAAGCGUACUGAUCCACUACUAAACUCACCGCUAAAUGACUCCUCUAUCGAGCCGAUUUACGAAGAGCGCGUGGGAAACGACUCUACAAGUAGCAUUUACUCGCGCAACACAGAUACCAACAACUCUGACCGAUCACAUACAUCGCAUUCAUUCCGGGGGAGCGUCGGAUCCAUUUCUCCCAUGAAAUUAUAUCUGCCCAGCGAAGACAACCAGUUCGGCGGGUUCUGCAAAGGAGCGUGGAAACUACAGAUUGGAUUGAAGAAAUCCUUCCAAAUCCACAAACGACCCGUUGGAUUCUAUAGCGAUAUCCUAUAUUGGCGCUGCUCCAAGUGCACCUACGAGGGCCCUGCACGCGGCGGACCAGCCAAGUCAACAUUAACUUUUGAUGACAGUGUUCAAGUCGAUAAAGCUACAGGAGUCAGAUAUAAAUGGAGGUUUUUGGCAAAGUCGCAUGUCCAAAUGAAGAAGGUCCCGAAAGUAACAGAUGGAUCGGCCGGCCUUUUUGGAUGUAUUUUCUGUUCGGCAAUGCAUAACACCCCUGCGUUGGUGUUUGAUAAUUUGCCUGGGUUUAUGGAGCAUCUGAGUCGGCAGCAUCGACAGAUGCCACCAGGUUGUGAAGCGUUAUUGCAGCGAACAGGGUGUGUAGUGGGCAGACAGGCGAGUGAGGAGGAGGAUUGGGAGGUUAAUAUCGUGUAA